AUGUUCCGCCAGGAGCAGCCGCUGGCCGAGGGCAGCUUCGGGCCCAUGGGCUCCCUGCAGCCGGACGCCGCGGCCGCCGGCAACGCGAGCUGGAACGGGACCGAGGCGCCCGGGGGCGGCGGCGCCUGGGCCGCCCCUUACUCCCUGCAGGUGACGCUGACGCUCGUGUGCCUGGCCGGACUGCUCAUGCUGCUCACCGUGUUCGGCAACGUGCUGGUCAUCAUAGCCGUGUUCACCAGCCGCGCGCUCAAGGCGCCCCAGAACCUCUUCCUGGUGUCCCUGGCCUCGGCCGACAUCCUGGUGGCCACGCUCGUCAUCCCCUUCUCGCUGGCCAACGAGGUCAUGGGCUACUGGUACUUCGGCAAGGCGUGGUGCGAGAUCUACCUGGCGCUCGACGUGCUCUUCUGCACCUCGUCCAUCGUGCACCUGUGCGCCAUCAGCCUGGACCGCUACUGGUCCAUCACGCAGGCCAUCGAGUACAACCUGAAGCGCACGCCGCGCCGCAUCAAGGCCAUCAUCGUCACCGUGUGGGUCAUCUCGGCCGUCAUCUCCUUCCCGCCGCUCAUCUCCAUCGAGAAGAAGGGCGGCGGCGGGCAGCAGCGGGACGAGCCGCGCUGCGAGAUCAACGACCAGAAGUGGUACGUCAUCGCGUCCUGCAUCGGCUCCUUCUUCGCGCCCUGCCUCAUCAUGAUCCUGGUCUACGUGCGCAUCUACCAGAUCGCCAAGCGCCGCACCCGCGUGCCGCCCAGCCGCCGCGGCCCCGCGGACAGCGCGCCGCCGCCGCCGCCGGGGGGCGCCGCCGAGCGCAGGCCCAACGGCCUGGGCCCCGAGCGGCGCCUGGGCCCCGGGGGCGCCGACGCCGAGGCCGAGACGCUGCCCGCCCAGCUCAACGGCGCGCCCCCGGGGGAGCCCACGCCCGCGGCGGCCGCCGGGCCCCGCGACACCGACGUGCUGGACCUGGAGGAGAGCUCGUCGUCCGAGCACGGGGAGCGGCCCCGGGGCUCCCGCCGGUCCGAUCGCGGCGGCCGCGCCAAGGGCAAGGCGUCCCGGGGGAGCCCGGCGCGGCCCGGGGACAGCCUGCCGCGGCGCGGGCCGGGCGCGGGGCCCGGGGCGCCGGGGAGCGGCCCCGAGGAGGAGCGGGGAAGCGGGGGCGCCAAGGCGUCGCGCUGGCGCGGGCGGCAGAACCGCGAGAAGCGCUUCACGUUCGUGCUGGCCGUGGUCAUCGGCGUGUUCGUGGUGUGCUGGUUCCCCUUCUUCUUCACCUACACGCUCACGGCCGUCGGCUGCGCCGUGCCGCGCACGCUCUUCAAGUUCUUCUUCUGGUUCGGCUACUGCAACAGCUCGCUCAACCCCGUCAUCUACACCAUCUUCAACCACGACUUCCGCCGCGCCUUCAAGAAGAUCCUCUGCCGCGGGGACAGGAAGCGGAUCGUGUGA